AUGGAAAAAUCAGCACUAAGCAACUGCGUGAGGCGAACAGUUUUCUCUAAUCAUCAACAGAAAACAAUACAAGAGGGUAUAGAAGAGAGUAGUUGGACAAUGUACUUUGAAACUGAAGAUGGAUUAGAUCAUUACGAUGAGUCUUCGAUGAUCUCAGACGCUGCGUCUCCUAUAGUUUCUGUUGAAGAAGACACGGCUUCAUCUCCUUCUAAUAGAACCAAGGGUUUCAGUGAAAUGGAGGACAAUACGACAGAAGAAAAAACCAUGAGCAAUACUAAAGCCGAGGAGAAAGGAUUGAAUAAGAAAGGAAUAAUGAAUGAAGAGUAUUGCGCAGAACUGAAGAAGAGAGGACUUUGCUUAGUUCCUUUGUCGAUGUUGUCCAACUAUAUUGGUUGA